AAUUAUUACCAGCUAAUUGAACUCAUGGGUGUGUCAGUUUAUGAAGAUGGCACAUGGUUGUCCAUUUGCCACACCUUUUUCUUUUUCCACCCCAAACCAACAUGCCAUGGUUAAAUUCCAGCAUCUUUCUUUUCCAAAAAUUAUGAUUUCUUAAUUUUCUUACUUAAAUGCUUAGUUUCUGCUACAAAAUUUCAUUAAUAUAAACCAUAUAUGCACUUUUUUUUAUAAAGUAAUUUUUGAAGAGCAUAUCAUUAAACACUACUUCCAUGGCGCUGUGACCUGACUCCAACUACCCUUAUCCUCCUUUUUGCCCUACUGGACAAUAAAGACUAAAUUAUUAUCAGCUACAGCAAGCCAGGCCUGAAUUUUUCUGCUUCAUUUGAUUCCUGGAUGAUGAGAGAAGUAAGAUGAUAUCAAGUUCAAGAGAAAAAGUUUAUCAAACAAAGCAAGAGGGUGACACCAAUGAAGGCAAAUUCUCUAGAGGGCCAUCUAGUUCAAGGCAAUGGUCAGGAUUCAGAAAUCCAAGAAUUGUGCGAGUUUCUCGUUCAUAUGGAGGAAAAGAUAGGCACAGCAAAGUUUGCACCAUAAGGGGAUUGAGAGACAGGCGAAUUCGGCUUUCAGUGCCCACUGCAAUCCAGUUAUAUGAUCUUCAAGACAGGCUUGGCCUUAGUCAGCCCAGCAAGGUGAUCGAUUGGUUGCUUGAUGUCACCAAAAAGGACAUCGAUGAGCUCCCCCCGCUUCUGAUUCCGCCCGGAUUCGGUCACCAAUUCCAUCAGCAGAUGAUACCAUCUCAUGAAUCAACUCCUCAAUCUUCUAUUUCUCCUUUCUUUGAUGUAAAUUCUACAUUUUAUCCUUUACUGUCCAGCAAGGAAGGGAUAAAAAUCAAUGGUGUUGAUGUGGGUGAUGGGGAUGAUCAAAACAUCUUGGCAAAAUCCAAAUACUGGGAAGUGGGUUCUUCGUUAAUGAGGGAAAAAGGUAAGGAGAUUGAAAGAGAGAGUUUUUUUGAGAGAGGAAAGUGGAUUAAAACAAAUGAACAAAAGAAUAAUCAAGAUGGAAGCAGCAAUUACAUUGGACAAGCUUCAGCUCAGAAGUUUUUUCCUCACUCUUCCUCACCUGGUAUGUUGAACAAUGCCAUGCCAAUGAACUCCUACUACCAUUGGGAGCCUUCAUCAAAUUUGUCUUUAUCUCAAUUUGGAAGCCAUGAAUUUCUGCCCCAAACAGAAAAUUCCCUCUACAGCAAUGCUUUUCCAUCGGGGUCUCACUUAUAUUUCUGCCCACCCACAGGAAUGCCAUCACUUUUCCCAACAUAUUCCCCUUAUGUUUCAACUUCAUCUGAGAAUAAUGAGUCCAGACAAAUCAAUCAUUUCCAACUGUUGAGCUCAAAUUCACACCAUAUUCUACCCAAUUCUCAAACAAUCACCUCAUCACAAGUGAAGCCUUUUCCAUUGAAUAUAAAUCCCGGCCUUUCUCAUCCACACACUAAUCUCGAGAGCAAUGCAGAUAAGGAAGACACCUAGCAGCUAAACUCAAUGAUCUCAUCACAUGCAUGAUUUGCUUCAGCCUUGGCAUGGCUUGAUGGUGAAUUAAUACAAUUUCAAAGUUUGUGGACAUGGUUUAUAUUGUAUGGUAACAGUUUUCUAAAACACAUAUAUCAACGCAAGAUUAAUAGUCUUGUGUCUUAUUUUGUCUCAAUUUGACCAUCUCGUCCUGCUGCAUGGACACAUAUUAAAGAACGAUGAACGGGGAGAAGAUGGCCUUGCACCAGUGUGUUUCCAAUAUACAAGAUAAUUAUGUAGGUACUUUUUCUUCUUUAAUUAAUUUCUAAGCAAUUUUCUCAGGUUUUGAGUUGUUAUAUAUACUAUAUGAAUUCCAUGUAUGAUUGAACUCUUGAGUGCCUUUUGUAAAAGUGUGUACUAUCAGUAUGAAUACUGCAUUGUUGCAAAAUUGGUCUCA